AUGUCCAACCAACACACCCAAAAGACUUACACCCUCAACACUGGCGCCAAGAUCCCCGCCAUUGGUCUGGGAACAUGGCAAUCCAAGCCCAAUGAGGUCCGCGAGGCUGUGAAGAAUGCUCUUCUUGCCGGUUACCGUCACAUUGACACUGCCCUGGCUUAUGGCAACGAGGCCGAAGUCGGUGCCGGUAUCAAGGACUCCGGUGUGCCCCGCGACCAGAUCUGGCUCACCACCAAGUUGGAUAACACUUGGCACCACCGUGUGACCGAUGGCAUCAACUCCUCUCUCAAGGAUCUCGACACUGACUACGUCGAUCUCUACUUGAUGCACUGGCCCAGUUCAACUGAUCCCGAGGACAAGUCUAAGCACCUGCCCGACUGGGACUUCAUCAAGACCUGGCAAGAAAUGCAGAAGCUGCCCGCCACCGGCAAGGUUCGCAACAUCGGUGUCUCCAACUUCGGCAUCAAGAACCUCGAGAAACUUCUGAACGACCCCAGCUGCAAGAUUGUCCCUGCCGUCAACCAGAUCGAGUUGCACCCCAACAACCCCUCUCCCAAGCUGGUUGCCUACAACACCUCCAAGGGCAUCCACUCCACCGGUUACUCUUGCCUCGGCUCCACCAACUCCCCUCUCUACAAGGAUCCUACCCUUCUGAAGCUCGCCGAGAAGAAGGGCAAGACCCCUCAACAGGUCCUCCUCGUCUGGGGUAUCCAGAAGGGCUGGAGUGUCAUUCCCAAGUCAGUCAGCAAGGCCCGCAUCGAGGGCAACUUCGAUAUCAACGGCUGGGAGUUGACUGCCGAUGAGGUGAACCAGCUCGACAACCUGAAGGAUCGCUUCAAGGUCUGCGGUGAUAGCUGGCUCCCUAUCAAGGUCUUCUUCGGCGAUGAUGAGUAA